GGGGGUAGGCACAGCUGUUAUACCGUCUCGGGUGUUGUGAUGUAAGUUCUUGCCUUUUAGAAACUCAACUGGACAUCGGGGGUUGUGGCUGUCCAAUCGAUUGAGAGAAUUCAGAGACAAACCAGCCAAUGGGUGCAAAGGUCUGGGUAUAUAAGCUAAGGUUUAACACCUGUCAAAGUUGGGCAACCCCUAUAUUGGCUUUGGUGGAUCCCAGGAACAUUACCUCCUUCUUUUCUUCUGUGCAGCAGGACAAAAGAGAGCUGCAAUCAUGACGAAGAACUGCCAUAAUGACUAUAAGAUGAAAUUCUCAGAAGAAGAGGAGUUCCCAGACCUCUCCCUGCACAACAACCACAUGGCCAAGGUGCUGACCAAGGACAUGUACAAAAAGCUGAGGAGCAAGUCUACCCCCUCCGGUUUCACCCUGGACGACUGCACCCAGACCGGUGUGGACAACCCUGGACACCCCUUCAUCAUGACCGUCGGCUGCGUUGCUGGUGAUGAAGAGUGCUAUGAUGUCUUUAAGGAUAUGUUCGACCCCAUCAUCUCCGACCGUCACGGAGGCUACAAGCCCACCGACAAGCACAAGACCGACCUGAACUUCGAGAACCUGAAGGGAGGUGAUGAUCUUGACCCCGCCUACGUCCUGUCCAGCCGUGUGCGUACCGGACGCAGCAUCAAGGGAUACACCCUGCCCCCCCACAACAGCCGUGGCGAGCGCAGAAUGGUUGAGAAACUGUCCAUUGAGGCCCUGGCCACACUGGAUGGUGAGUUCAAGGGAAAGUACUACCCCCUGAACGCCAUGACCGAUGCCGAGCAGGAUCAGCUGAUCGCCGACCACUUCUUGUUUGACAAGCCCGUCUCCCCCUUGCUGCUGUCCGCUGGUAUGGCCCGUGACUGGCCAGACGCAAGAGGAAUCUGGCACAACGAUGCCAAGAGCUUCUUGGUCUGGGUGAAUGAGGAGGAUCACCUGCGUGUCAUCUCUAUGGAGAAGGGAGGCAACAUGAAGGAGGUCUUCAGACGCUUCUGCGUUGGUCUGCAGAAGAUUGAGGAGGUCUUCAAGAAGCACAACCACGGCUUCAUGUGGAACGAGCAUCUCGGCUACGUGCUGACCUGCCCCUCCAACCUGGGAACUGGCCUGCGCGGUGGCGUGCACGUCAAGCUGCCCAAGCUGAGCACACACGCCAAGUUUGAGGAGAUCCUGACCAGGCUGCGUCUGCAGAAGCGCGGCACAGGUGGUGUGGACACUGCCUCCGUGGGCGGAAUCUUUGACAUCUCCAACGCUGAUCGUCUGGGUUCCUCAGAGGUGGAGCAGGUGCAGAUGGUGGUGGAUGGCGUCAAGCUCAUGGUGGAGAUGGAGAAGAAGCUGGAGAAGGGAGAGGCCAUCGAUGGCAUGAUCCCCGCCCAGAAGUAAAGCGGUACUUGUGCUUCAGUGUUUUUUGUAUAAUAAAAAUGACUAGCCUUGUCGUUACGAAGGCAGGAGACUGCCUCCCUGGACUUUAACUAAAAAGACUCCACUCUGAUCCAACUUUUAUUUCCAUCCUUCCUUCUUUCUCUUCAUCAUUUCUUUUUCUCCUUCCUACGGUCACUUUCCAUCUCUCCCGCUCUUUCCUGGGAUCAAAAGUACCAUCGCAUAGUCUAGUGCCAUGGGCCAUUACUUUGUGUAUGCACCUAAUCUAGAAAUCAUUGUUUUGGUUGUAAAAUGUAUUGAGCAAAUAAAACAAGGCCCAGUUAAAUCAA